AAGCAUAGUGACCUUGCAGUCUUGACUAUCUCACCAUGGUGGCUGAAUUCGACUAUUGGCUUCGCUGGGCAUCACAGCUACAGGCUGGGCAGAAGCUGUGGUAUCAGCGAUGCGAAGGUCGCAAUGUGCUGGCAGAAGUGGUUGAUGUAUGCCCGGAGCACAAUGCCUGCUGGGUGAAGUAUCAGGUGCAGCGUCCGCAAGGUGGCCAGCAACACCGCCGGGCCUUGGUGAAGUUGGAAGAACUGGCCCGCCUUCAGCAGCAACAUGAGGACCUUAGCUCGGAGCAGCAACAUGAGAGCUUUGACUCGGAGUCGCUUUCGCAAUGCGAUGCAGAUCCUCAAGCUCGGAUCGAAGAGGGAAGGCGCAAGGCGUUCAGCAUGAUCGCGGCCGAGAGCUCUGACUCCGAAGGAUCUCUGAGACACGGCUCCAGGCGAAGCAAGCUAUAUAGUAUGCUCUUCGUGUCAGAUGAUGAGCGACCGCGAGCCUACAGCAUGCUCACGGAUUCAGGAGAAGAGCUGCGCCGCAGGGCGAUCAGCAUGAUCUUCCAAGACGAGCCAGAACACAUACGGCGAAGGAAUGUCAUGAGCAUGGUGGUUGAGGAGCCCAGCGACAUCCCACACGAGCUGCACGCGACAGAGGACGAGUCCAGUUUGCCUGAUCGUGAAGAGAGAGGCAGUGACGAACCGCAACACUGGCGUCACGGCUCUGACGAUGACAGAAGCUUCUCCGAGCCAGACAAGAGCGAUGCUGAGCGCAGCACUACUUCGCCAUCUGAGUCGGAAAGUCAGAUCGUCGGAUCGUACGGAGAAGAUGCUGCCCUUUGGCCCUCCGCGCUUUGGGCGGAGCCCCAGCUAGUUGGCUUGGAACCUGGCAAUGUAGGGAGAUUCUGUGACUCCGCCCCGGACAGCUGCAGCCACUGCACCAUGGCACUGGCGGGGCACUCCACACACAAGGUGGAGGCAGAAAUGGCAGAGCUUUGUCGAGUCCUGCAGCAGAAGGUUGCGUCACUGAGCGGCGACGAUGAUGGCGAGGUGAGCACCGAGACCCAGCCACUCUGCCGAGAGUUCUUGCUGACAGAGGAAGAGGAGGAGGAGGCAGACCCCGAAGUACUCCUUCGACAGCAUACGCCUCACCCGGACGCCUGGGACUUGGAAACCACACCGGUCCAGUGUGAAUCGCACAGCGGUACUGCACUUCGAGUUGAGCAGCCGAAGAAGCGAAAUUACCUGGUUGAUCGGGCCAGGGCAGUGCUGAGCUCUUGGACGUCUCGGCGUGCAGGAUCCAAUCAAGGCGCGAAGGAGAGCAGCAGGCACAAAGAAAGCGGCCACCCAGCUGCGCUGAUGGGGCAAUGAAUGGGGCGUUUGCAUGAGAUGCGCAUAUGUGUCUUUUCUUUUCUCCGAUCAUUUCGUUUCGACUUGAUGGCGCACGGUAAGUGAAUUGGUUAUACUCUUGAACGUGGUCCGGGUCUUUCUUCGCCAAUAUUUGAGGCAAUGAGUCCACCUCGGCGUGCGACUCUCCGACGCCUGCAGACGGUGUUGUUCCGAUGCUCCUCGGAGCCAUUCUGACUUGUCGAUGGCACAGUUCGUUUGCCUGUCAGCCCGUUGCAUCAGGGUGGAAGCUUCACCCUCGCAAGCAUCAAGUUCAACGAAUCAGCCUAGCUGCUGCACACGGCUCCGCAGCCCACGGGCUGUCACAAGGCCGGCGCAUGCAGAUGCUCCAAGCUCACCAUGCUCUCCAAACUCGCUGGGUGCAGGCAGCCCUAGUGAAUAAUUUGCGUGAAGGUCACACCCAGUACUGGGCAGCGUUGACAGUGCAAGAGAAGUGACCAAAACAUGAUCCUGUCGCUGCCGUUGUGGC